AUGGAUACUUUAGCCUAUCUAAAUCUUUCCUUCAACUACUUGACCAACAUAGAAAAGCUUCCAUUGGAGAAUCUUUUUAUUCUAGACCUUAAUUCAAACAAGCUCCAAGGAUCACUUCCAAUUCCACCGUCUUCCUUGACAGUCUUAUUUUUGUCCAACAACAAAUUGUCAGGAGAGAUACCAGAUUUGAUUUGCAAUAAGAGUGUCCUGGAAAUUCUAGAUCUUUCUAACAAUAGCUUCAGUGGCAACAUUCCAAUAUGCAUGGGAAACUUUAGCUAUCUUCAUGUGUUGGAUUUGAGGAAAAAUAAACUCAGUGGCACAAUUCCAGGAAGCUUUGCAAAAGGCAGUCUAUUGAGGACCCUCAACUUGAAUGAGAAUGAAUUGGAAGGGCCAAUCCCACGAUCUUUGGUCAAUUGUACGAUGCUUGAAGUUCUAGAUAUUGGCAACAACAAGGUAAUUGAUACCUUCCCAUAUUGGCUACAAAGUCUCCCUGAAUUGCAAGUUCUUGUACUUCAUUCAAAUAAAUUUUAUGGUUCUGUACGAGGUUGCUCAGAAAUGAAUCAUUGUUUUCCAAAGUUGAAAGUACUUGACCUCUCAAAGAACAAAUUUGGUGGUCCAUUGCCAGCCUCGUAUUUCAAAAAUCUUCAAGCCAUGAAGGAUGUUGGUGAAGUUGGGACGAAGUUACAAUAUAUUGGUGAAAAGAUUCCAGAAGUAAUUGGAGAGCUUUAUUCACUUAUACACCUCAAUCUUUCUUCAAACAAUUUAACAGGUUGCAUUCCACCAUCACUUGGAAAUUUGAAUGCUCUUGAGUCUUUAGACCUCUCUUUCAACAAGCUUGGUGGAAAAAUUCCAUGGCAGUUGGCAAAUUUAGACUUUCUUCAAGUGCUAGACUUGUCUCAAAACCAACUCACAGGGCCCAUUCCACGGGCACCGCAUUUUGAUACCUUUCCAAAUACGUCAUACGCCGGAAACACGGGAUUGUGUGGAUUCCCCUUGUCAAAAGAAUGCAAAAGUGAUGGAACACUACAACCGCGGUCAGAAAUAGAAGAUAAUGCAGAGUCUACAAAUGGAUUCGGUUGGAAAGUGGUGUUGAUAGGCUAUGCGUCUGGAAUGGUGAUUGGACUGUUCAUGGGAUAUCUUGUAUUUUCAACAGGAAAGCCUCAGUUGCUUGUAAGGAUAGUUGAAGGAGAAGACCGUAGAAAGAGGAGGAGGCCGACUGCGAGACGUUGA